UGUGUGAAAACCAUUUCAAAGCUUUAUCUUGUAAUAGUGUAAAAGUGCAAAGAACCCUCAAAAUGAAUGUUUUCCUUCCAGGUUACCAAGGCAGGAGAUAUUGCCACCAGAGUCACCAUGGGCGUCGCUGCCAGUAGCCCACAUCUAGAGAUGCCUGAUCUUAUGUUGCUGGCACGGCCAGUUCCCUGUCUAACAGAAUGGUGUGAAUGUCAGUGUCCUGAGGCAAUACCUUUUGCAGAUGAGGAGCUGCAGCUGUUUGCGCUUCUGCCCUUGAAGUUCGUCUGUCUCUAUAUCCAUGAUGAGUCAUGGUUCCAGCUCAAAGUCUGCCUGGCUAAUGGCCGCACUUUUUAUCUGCAGCUUCUAGCACACCCCCUUGAUCAGGAUGAGAUCUUUGGGCACUGGAUACGGUUGCUAUACCACUUGCGCUUUUACCGCAGUGAUGCCCCCCUAUCAUUUGCCUGA